AUGCAAGUGUCAUUUUCAGGACCUGAUCUGAAUGCAGCAAAGACUUCAAUGGAAUCACUUAAUGGCUUCCAUCGGGAAUUAAAUGGAAAAGCAAAGCCGUUUGGAAAUGGAGAAAUUAAAUGGAUAAGCCCAUAUGUGGCAGAAUAUGGUGCUGACUGUAGGAAGGAAGCAUCCCCUUGCUACUUGCUUUCUGUAAGGAUCAUGAGAAUGAGGAACGUUCCUCAGAAAGAUAUCUUAAAUAAAACUGAUUGCUACGUGAGCCUCUGGUUGCCAUCUUCUUCGUCUGAAAAGUUACGAACUAAAGCUGUCUCAAACUGCAAAGAUCCUGUUUGGAAUGAAACCUUCUAUUUCAGGAUCCAGAGUCAGAUCAAGAAUGUCUUGGAACUGACCAUAUUUGAUGAAGAUAUUAACCAAGACGAUGAUCACCUGAUUGUUCUCUUUGAUAUAGCUAAACUUCCCCUUGGAGAAACAGUUUUUAUUUCAUUUCAAUUAAAUCCACAGAGAAAGGAGGAGUUGGAUGUUGAAUUCAUGUUGGAGGACAUUCUAGGUCCUCCUGAAAACAUCAUCACUAAUGGAGUAAUAGUGUCCCGUGAACUUGCCUGCUUAGAAGUUCAGAUGGAUAGGAGGAAAAAGAAGAAAUAUUGCACAAGGCACAGCUUCAAACUUACAGUUCAGGGAUCUUUUGAAGAAACUCAGACCCUUCCUCUGAGCGCUGAUUACUGCUGUCACCUCACAGAUGCUGUUAAAUUCCACUAUGCCAAGCAUAAACAACCACAACUGGACAUUACAUUCUCAAAGAAGAAGAAAUCUGCCGAUCUUUGUUGUUGCAUGUCAAGAGGAGUAAGAAUGAAAGGCACUGGAAUUAUGAACCUGCCUCUAAAUUUACUUCCCUUUGACCAGAAAAUAGUAGGUGAGCAUGGAAAAUUUGAUGUACACUUAAUAGCAAAAAACUGCCAGGAAAACCUAGAUGUGCGCUUAGGGUUUGACCUGUGUACACAGGAGAAGGAUUUCCUAUGCAAAAGGAAAAAGGUGGUGGCAGCUGCUCUGAAAAAGGUUCUCCAGCUAGAGGAGGACCUACAAGAUGAUGAGGUGCCAGUGGUAGCAGUCAUGACAACAGGUGGUGGGACAAGAGCACUAACAGCGAUGUAUGCUCACCUGUUGUGUCUGCAGAAAUUGGGUGUCUUGGACUGCAUUUCAUACAUCACUGGUUUGUCUGGCACAACAUGGACCAUGUCAAAUUUAUAUGAAGAUCCUGACUGGUCACAGAAGGACAUGGAAGCAACACUCAAGGAUGCUCGAAAGCACGUUCUCAAAAACAAGCUUACCUCCUGCUUUUCUAUUAGUCGUCUAAAAUACUGUUUAAAAGAACUGUAUCGGCGGAGUCAAGAGGGAUACGAGAUAUCUUUUACAGAUCUGUGGGGACUUAUCAUUGAAGGUCUAUUGCAUGAUGGGGAAAACCAUCAUAAACUCACAGAUCAGCAACAAGCAUUAAAUCAGGGUCAGAAUCCUUUGCCCAUAUACCUCUGCCUCAAUGUGAAGGAGAAAAUGAGCAAUCAGGAUUUUCGAGAAUGGGUGGAGUUUACCCCUUAUGAGGUUGGAUUCCAAAAAUAUGGAGCCUUCAUUCCUGCAGAGCAUUUUGGAAGUGAAUUCUUCAUGGGCAGAAUGAUGAAGAAGCUCCCAGAAUCCCGUAUCUGCUUCUUAGAAGGGAUCUGGAGUAGUGUUUUUUCCUUGAAUAUUCUGGAUGCUUGGUAUAUAUCUGUCCAUUCAGAAGAGUUUUGGCACAGAUGGACCAGAGACAGAAUUAUUGACAUAGAGGAAGAGUCUGUUCUGCCUCCAAGGCCAAAUGAGCUGGAUACUUGUGUGGUUGUUCCCCGAGAUAGCUUUUCAAACAUUUUACGAGAUCUGGUUCUGUUGCGGCCUGCCAUUUCAGAAAUCCACAAUUUUCUAAAGGGCUUCCAUAUGCAUGACGACUACCUACUGAAUAAGUUUUCUAUCUGGAAAGAUUGUGCACUUGAUUCUGUCCCCAACCAGCUGACAGGAUCAGAAGACCAACUCUUCCUGAUAGAUACUGCAUUUGUCUUCGAGUCCAGUUACCCACCACUUAUGAGGACAGAAAGAAAAGUGGACCUCAUUUUGCAUUUCAACUACAGUUCAGGAUCACAGAUAAAACCUUUGAGGGAAGCCUCUAAAUACUUCUCGAAGCAAGGAAUUCCUUUCCCCAAAGUUGUGCCAAGUGAAGAUGAAACAAAAAAUCUGAAGGAAUUCUACAUGGUUGGAGAUAAAGAGGGCCUAGAAACUCCUAUAGUACUGCUCUACCCACUAGUGAAUGACACCUUUAGAAACUACAAAGCACCUGGUGUGAAGCGCAGCCCCUCAGAGAUGGCAGAUGGUGACAUUGAUGUUGCCAGUACCAAUGGUCCAUAUAAUAUACAUAAUAUGCAAUAUUCAGCGAAAACUUUUGACAAGCUAGCAAACCUGAGUUACUACAACAUUGAGAAUAACAAAGAUGCACUUCUUCAUGCUUUGCAUAUAGCAGUGGAAAAGAAAAAAAAGUGUAAGAAGUAUUCACCAUCUCAGACAUCACUCCUCUGAGAUUAUUUUUCUGUAUGUUGCACCACAGAGAAAGGUGCUCUACUGAUUGUCCAGCACUGUGGAAUACAAAGGAAAUAUUCUUGUGUUGCUGUUACUGAAGAAAAGGAACUGGAACAGAAAGUGACACCGGGGGUGGGGGGGGUAAGAAGAGCAGCAGCUAAAAAUACAACUCAGCCUGUCAUCGUAAAAAUGUAAUGUCUGGCUGCCAGAAAAGGGUAUAAAUAUAAAGAAUAAAUCUCAUUAAUGAAUGAAUAUGCUUCCAUGGUGCAUUUAGCCUCACCAGAGGGGCUAAAUUCGGAAUGGACCUGAGAACGAACUAUGCUACAACUUCUACAUGUGGUCUUUCAAGUCAGGGUUGAGAUAUCUUGGCAAAAAAAUGCAAGGAAGCUUGAAUUUAACAAUGUUUUGCUCUACAUAUAGUAUAAAGAGAGGACAUCUGCUUACCAGGACUAUAAAUUCAAAACUGUAAAGGAGAACAAAAUCCAUUUUUCAUAU